UUCAACCGUCAGGAAAAAGAAUAUUCAAUCCAUUAUUAUUAUUAUUUUAAUUAUUCUGAGAGGACCUUAAUAAACAAUUGUAUUAACAUACUUCAAAUGGCCAAAAAAAAAAAAAAGAGAGGAAAAACAUACAAAAAGAAAAAAUGGGGAUUUUUUGAUGGUUGGAUAUUCAAAUGUGUAUUUUGUAGUUCAGAUUCCCCACCAAAAAAGAAAAAAGGAAGCUUCCUGCGGUUCAGGGAAAUUUAACGGUAUGUCUUAACGGCGUCAGGUUGAGACACGAACAGAGCCAGACACAGACACAGACACAGACACAGACACAGAAACCCCCACUGACAAAUCUCCUGUGUUUCUGUUUCGGUCGCCUUCAGAAAUCUAGCUGGUAAUCGGAAGAAGAGAGAGAGAGAGAGAGAGAGGAGAAUGGAACAAUGGAUACUGUCGACUUCCCUGGAGGCGGUAGCGGAGAAGCUGUUUUCAGGAGAUUUCAUGGAGUGGAUGGGGGGGAGAAAAGGAGGGGCGAACAUGGAGGAAAUGAGCAAGAAUUUGAAGUUUUACUUGCUGGCGGCUAAGAGCUUGUACUAUGAUGCUGAAGAGAAGCACAUCACCAGCUCCGACGGGAAGGCUUUGGUUGAUGAGCUGCAGGAGCUUCUGUACGACGGAGAGGACGCCCUGGAGACGAUCGAUAUUCAUGGCAUCCAAUCCAAACAGAGAAAGGAACACGGCAGCAGCGCGACUCAGAACAUGUUUGGUUUGAAAGAAAGCGCUGAAACUAUUAGACCUCUCCGGAGGAUACCCUCAACAACCUCUUUUGCUGAGGAAUCUAAGCUUUAUGGUAGAGAUUCUGAUAUUGAGGCCAUUGUUGGUUGGUUGCUCUCUGAUGAUGAUGCUGACGCUGAUGACUGUAGCACUAAGUUUGCACUCAUAGUGGGCCCUGAUGGGAUUGGCAAGUCUGCUCUUGCUCAAUUCAUUUUUUCUGAUGAUCGAAUUAACGCCCACUUUGACCUUCUGCUCUGGGUCCCUGUGUUAGAUGACUUUGAUGCUCUGAGAAUGAGUAGAACACUUUUGGAGGGGCUCAUUUGCCAACCUCCCUGUAAUCCGAUGGAGGAGGAGGAUGCAUCCCGACUUCAAGCUAGAUUGAAGGAUGCUUUGGCCGGCAAGAAUUUCCUACUUGUUCUGGAUUCUAAUUGCCACCGCAAUCCCUUUGAUCCCCAUGCCUUGGGGAUUCUCUCUGAGUUUGGAGGUAGUCGGAGUAAGAUCAUUAUGACCGCUUCCACAUGUCCUGAACCUGUGCUGAUGCGUACCUUCACAAUUAUUCACCACCUCAACCCCAUUUCUCAUGAUGAAGAUUGCUGGAAGCUAUUCGCCGAGCGCAUCUUUCAUGGCGUCGCCACAUUCUCACAUUUUCCUCAGUAUCUGGAAAUAGUUGGCAAAAGGCUUGUUAGCAAAUGCCAAGGCAAUCCCUUCGCAAUCAAAUUGAUGGGCUGCAUUUUGCGGCUUGAACGCAAUCCCGAGGAAUGGGACAGGAUUCUAAGCAGCCCAAUAUGGAAGCUGUCUGAAAGGGAGAGUGAUAUUCUUCCUGCUCUAUGGUUCAGCUACCUUUCCCUUCCUCAACAUCUCAAGCGAUGCUUUACUCACUGCUCAAUAUAUCACUGUGGUUAUGAAUUCCAGAUGCAAGACUUAAUCUCCUUGUGGAUGGCAGAAGGGCUUCUGGAACCUCAAAAUGGGAAGACCAUCGAACAAGUUGGGGAAGAGUACUUCCAUGAUCUGAAAUCGAGGUCCUUGAUCCAUCAAUCAAGACAAAACGAAUCCUAUUUCACCAUGCACUGCCUUGUGAACAAUUUGGCUACAUCGCUGUCAGGACAGUUCUGUUUGAGGCUGGAGAACAAUAGCUCCUUCACCCCUGUGCGCAAGACUCGUCAUCUGUCCUAUAAGAGACAAGAGAUUCAGGACGUCAAGAAAUUUGAGGCUUUGUCUGAAAGCAAGCGCCUGCGCACAUUCCUGCCUUUGGGACCCAUGGAGGACAACAAAACAUUCAAAUGGGACCGCUCGGCGCUGACAAGGUUGUUCCAAAUUCUGACAUACUUGAGAGUGCUUUCUCUGUCCAUGUAUCCUAUCACCCAGUUGCCCGAUUCCAUUGGCAUGUUGAAGCAUCUAAGAUACUUGGACUUGUCUUAUACUCAAUUGCAAGCGAUACCUGAUGUAGUUUGUACUUGGGUUAACCUGCAGACUUUACUAUUGGUAUGCUGUACCGCUCUUGCUCGACUGCCAUCCCUUAUGAGGCACCUAACCAAGCUACGCCGCCUUGACACUACAGGCACACCUCUGGUGGAGAUGCCACUGCACAUGUCCGCUUUGAAAGACCUGCAGACGUUAACCAAUUUUGUUCUGGGCAAGGGUAAUGGAUCUGGCAUCAAGGAGCUUCAGAAUCUUCAAUUGUGUGGAAGACUUUGUAUUACAGGGCUCCAAAAUGUUAUCGUUGAGGAUAUUUUGCAGGCCAAUUUAGAGGGUAAGUUGCAGCUAACCGAUAUAAGUUUCAAAUGGGAUGGUCCAGCUGACAAUUCAGAAAUUGAACUUCAAGUCCUUGACAACCUCCGGCCUCCCAGAAAGGUGGAGAAAUUAUCUGUCUGCUCUUAUCAAGGUACCAGAUUUCCUGAAUGGUUUGGAAAUGCUUCUUUUACAAAUUUAUACUGCAUCUGUUUAAGCGAUGGUGAAAACUGUUUUCAAUUGCCUUCGCUUGGCCAGUUACCUUUUCUCAUAGAGCUCUACAUUAAGGGGUUUGGUAAGUUGGCAGUCAUAGGCAAGGAGUUUUAUGGUUCGGCAGCAAAUCCGUUUCCUUCCUUGGAAGUUUUACACUUUGGCGAUAUGCCAGAAUGGCAAGUAUGGUUGCUUCCGGGAGGUGGAGCUUUCUCUCGCCUUAGAGAUCUUUCUAUGAUAGAGUGUCCCAAAUUAACUGGCAGCAUACCUAAUACGAAAGGUACACCCAGCAUUGAGGGAUGCCCUGGAUUACAGAUUUGAUGAGCCUGUAUAUUGGCGAGCCUGCGUAUCUGGAGAUUUCUGAUGAGAGGCAACUUCCCACUUCCCCCCACUUUGACUUUUCUUGGUCUUAUGUUUUAGGAACCUUCUCCAUUUCUGAGAAUUUGCUGGCGAAGGAAGGGCCUCCUGCUUCUCUUUCUUAAUUGGACUUUAGACUGAUCUUUCAUGCUAUAGCUGCAGCGCCUGACAGUGGAAGAGGAAGUUGUGCUCAUGACUGGUCCCUUGCAUUGUUUACAGGUUGACAGAUGCAUGAGCUGAGAUUGUGCGGCUUUGUCCUCUCCAGUUUUCCUCAGUUUGUUCUCUUUUCCACUAUUUUUAGUUUCCUAAUGGGUUUUGGUUUGACCUAUAGUUUUCAAAGUUUAGAUUAAGUAGUAGCAGAUGUGAAUCUAAAAUUGAUUACUUGUUAAUAAACUUAUUCUUCAUUAUUCCUUUUU